AAAAGACACGGUUAUUUUUGACACAGGCUGUGCCUCUUCUGAGAAACGCAGAGUUUGGAGUUCACGGUGAAAAGUACUGGGCAGGUCUGGUCAGAAGGCAGUGGGAUUGCCCGCAGAAGAACGAGCAUCCGUUACACGUCAUUUCAGUUUUGUAGAGACCAUGUGUGUUCAGACAUCAAAUCCUAAUUUCUGUAUUUCAGUUUAUUCUAUAUGGCACAGCUGGUUACACGCUGAGAGCCCAUCAAUGGACUUGGAAGCUAAAGAUGAAGAGGAAGAGAGUCUGCAAACAGCUUUCAAAAAGCUGAGAGUGGAUGCAGCAGGAUGUAUUGCAGCUCUGUCUGUGGGCGACGGGACAAUUCUCAGAACACCAGUAAGGGCAGCCAUGGAUGGAGCCAAGCAACAGACUGUCUGCUCAAAGGAAGCGUGGCAUGGGUGUGUGAGAAAGCCUUCCAGAGGAUCGGCAAGAGUCCCACGUCGCAGACGCUCCAAGUCUCCCGUCCUGCAUCCUCCCAAGUUUACGUAUUGCAAUAUGAAAGCCAACAACCAGCUGAAACACAAAACCCAGGCAGACACGUCAAAGGGUAGUAUCAGUUCAGACAUUUUUGUUACAGCAGAACACGGUACGAAGGACAGGCACGAUUCUCGCUUUGAGGCCAGUGAUGACAGAACCGAACCUUUGGAAGUUUUCACCACCGAAGAGCCUUUGGAGAAGUCAAGAGAGAGUUGCCCUACUCUCUCCUCGUCCUUUGAAACUACCUUGCAUUCUAGCCAAACCUCGGAUUUCCAGUCCUUAUCCAUGCUUAGCAGCGGCAAGCAGUGCCCUUGUACGGACAAGAAAUGCCAGUGCAAACAGUGGCGAACCAUGGAAGUGUACUCUUUCUCUGGCUUACGGAGCGUCCUGUCAGAAUGCGAAAAGGCAGUCCUAGGAGUCCAUGCCCAGUCUCUUCAAAAUAGAUCCCCCUGUGGGACAGUCUCAUCAGGUUCUCCUAGAUCUUGUUCUGAGCAAGCUCGAGCCUUUGUGGAUGACGUGACUAUUGAAGAUCUUUCUGGAUACAUGGAAUACUACUUAUAUAUUCCCAAGAAAAUGUCUCACAUGGCAGAAAUGAUGUAUACUUGACUGAAAGCAAUAGAGAGUCCUGGAUCAGAGUUUGUGAUAAUGGUUGGGUUAAAUGCCUUGUCAGUGCCAUGUUUUCACUGUUGUGUGUUUGAUCAAAUGUUUCUUUGCCUCAUACAGUUUAGUUUUCUAAUAAAAUGAAAAAUGGAAUAUAGUUUCCGAGCUUAGUUCUAAAAAGAAUGCACUCAAGUCUCUGAGUACCUUCACAAAAGCACUGUAGAUCAAAUGAACUCCCUUUAUUUUUCGGUUUGUGCUGUGGAUAUUCAAGCUCUGUAUGCUGUUUUCACUAUGUUUUGGGGCGG